UUCCAAUUACGCGCAUGCGUAAAGAAAAGUUGAUCUGUCCAACGACGCUGGUGUCGCUGGUGCGUUUCCUUUUCACGUUCUCUUGUAAUCGAGCGUGUAUAGUGCCGUGGUAGAUUGAUUAAAUCGCAGCCAUGGUGCGUAUGAACGUGCUCAGCGACGCUCUGAAGUCGAUCAACAAUGCCGAGAAGCGCGGUAAACGGCAGGUGUUGUUAAGACCCUGUUCGAAGGUGAUCGUCAAGUUCUUGACUGUCAUGAUGAAGCAUGGAUAUAUUGGCGAAUUUGAAAUUGUGGAUGACCAUCGCAGUGGGAAAGUUGUAGUAAACCUUACUGGAAGGUUAAAUAAAUGUGGCGUCAUUUCACCCAGAUUUGACGUUCCUAUCAACGAUAUUGAAAAAUGGACCAACAAUCUUUUGCCCUCUCGACAGUUUGGGUAUGUCGUGUUGACAACUAGUGGUGGAAUUAUGGAUCAUGAAGAAGCAAGGCGAAAACAUCUUGGAGGAAAAAUACUGGGAUUUUUCUUCUAACUUUUUAGUUAAGUAAAUAAAGACGUAAGAAACAA